AAAAUGCCGGAGUUUAUAUCCCCUUCUCUUUCUCUGUCAGAAUUCUUUUGCCCUUUGAUUCCUUCAAAUAUUUUCCUUAGACAGCAACACAGCCCGAACUAGAAGAAAUUCCGCCACACUACGGCUAUCAUCCUUGUCUCUCGGCCAUAUCAAACGCCGUUUGCAGGCUUGAAUUUGCUGUCGAAAUCCCCUCUUUCUACAACUAUCCCAUCUGAGAAGCUCCUUCCAGCAAAAGGAUACCUGUCCCCCAAUUGUUGCAAACCACGGUGCCACGCUCCUCUUCAAAUUUAAGCUUCUUUUUCGGUCGAUGGUGGACAGUUGGUUGAAUUUUAACACUAGAACUAGUGCUUCUACCUGAGCCGCCAUGAAGGAGUCCCACCAAUCAUCUCACAACUUUUCUUCCACCCAGUGUACUAAACUGAUAUCCUGAGAAUAAUGGGAAGUCCAGUAAUCCGCUAGCAAAAAUGGCUUCACGAAACCCUCGCAACUUCCAAGUCGGGUGUGGAAUUCUCCCCUUUUCUCCCAGUCAUAUAAUAUCUCCUUGAAGUCUCCAAUCAACAUCCAUGGUAACCUGUUGUCCUCUACCAAGUUCUGCAUCAAGGCCCAAGCUUCUCGUCUUCUACUCGUUUCCGGGAAGCCGUAUACCCCAUCAACCGGCCGCAAUCUGCAAUCGACAAAACUUCCUUGGUUGCCAGUGACUUCCAAUUCGGCGUCUUCUUUCCAGGCCAGCACAACGCACCACUCUGUCCUUCGCUAUCCAUUCCAAACCUAUGUUAAUAACUGUAUGUUCGGAGCAUCUCCUUCACCCGCUGACACCGCACCUUCGUCUCCAUGAGGAAUAUGAUGGAUGGACGAUGUGCUUGAAUCAUAUCCGUCAAACAUUGAGCAGUCGCCGGGUUACAGCAUUUCAGGCGGAAUUAGGCGUGGACCAAUCAUUGUAUGAACGUGAUUUUAAAGAUGCCAGAAAUGCUUAUACAGAGUAUGGUGAUAUUUGUUCGCUCAAACGCCAGAUCAAAGCUGCUUUUCAUCUUUAUGAAGUCACCAAAUUUAAGGAUGACUGUUGGAUUCUCAACAAGAUUGAAGCCAUUUUGAACAAAAGCAUAAACAAGACAAGAGAUGUGCUGAAGAAGAAGAAGAAAAAAGAACGUUGGAUUUUUCAAUCUCCAAGAUGCACAUUGUCAACCAAAUCAAGUGUCGAGAGGAGUUGCCCGUUGCUGAGAUACAUAGACAAUGUCAAAAGGUUUUGCAAAGAGUUGAUCCCGAGCUUGUGAACUCGAUCUAUAGAGCGGAUGACGUGAUCGAUGAAACUUACAAAAGAAUGAUUGAUGAAGGCAGUUUUGGAAACAAUAUGAAAGGACUGUUUCCCUCACAAGCAACAAAGACCAGGAGAAACACAGCUGGAGUGGAUUGAAGGAAACACUUGAUUCAUUAGGCCGGCAAGCUGAUUACUUUAACAAGCGGUGGAAGACGUCUGAGCAACACGUCACUCCAUGUAAGGAUCAGACCCCAAAAAGGUUUAAGACAAGCACCGGAUAUGAGACAAUGGUGCCAUCUUCACCAUCUCUUUUAAAGGGUUAAAGAGAUGUAUAACGUAUGGGAUGAAAUUUGAUAUAUGGUUGUAUGUUAUCAUAUAACUGAAUUAUUGAGCUCUGUUUCAGAACAUCCAACUUAUAUGUUUCACAAUUUAUUUGCCUACAUUGUACGUAGUAUUAUGGAGUAUUGCCAUUUAAAAAAUGAGUAUUCAUGUUCCAAAUAAAUCUUAAUUAUACGACUUCAU